AUGGUCGGAGAGAUCUCUGACAAGCACCUGAAAAAGCUGAGGGAGAAGAUUGUCACGGCAUUUGCCAAGUCGUGGGAGGAGGCUGAAGUGCAGGAGAGAACAGACAGCACACUGGAGUCAGUGCAGAAAUGCUGUCAAAACCCGGACCUGCUGACGAUGUUCAACAUGAAUAAACACGACGAGCUAGACCUUGCCAUACUAUCUGUGCUGCUGAAGUCACAUUCAGGGGCAAAUAAAUGCCAACGAGAUCAGCAGCUCAAACUUGCACUCAUGUGGAAUCGCGUGGACAUUGCACGUGAAGAGAUCUUCCGAGAAGACGUUUUAUGGGAACAAGGGAGCCUUGACGAGAUGCUGACAGAGGCAAUCGUGUCUGACAAGGUGGCCUUUAUGAGGCUCAUCCUCGAGCAAGGGGUCAUUAUUACGGAGUUUUUGACCGACGUUAGGCUCCAGACGCUAUACAGCAAGGUAGAGAAAACCCACCCAAUCUACAAGCUUCUCCUCAAGCUGACGGGACAGACUAAGCUCAGUCUUGAAAAUGUGGCACGUUUUUUGGCUAUAUUGCUUGACAGAGUUGAUAAGGAUAUAUUUCUACGAGCGUUCGAAGAAGAACUGUCUAAUAACGAUGAUAAGUUUGCAAGGCCUUACCAGCAACUGUUAAUAUACGCUGCAUUAUUACAAAGACAAGAGUUGGCCAAGUUCUGUUGGGAGAUGGGAGAUGAGCCUGUGAUAAGUGCCAUUGUAGUGACACGCCUAUACAGCGCACUGGCACGUAAAAUGACACGCGAUGAGUCCAGCGUCCGUGAAACCGUGGAGGUAUACAAAGUGGAGUUUGAAACCCUUGCGACCAGUGUUUUAAACGAAUGCUACGAACGUGACCAAGAACAUGCAAUAUUGAUUGUUGAACGCAAAUCACCUGUCUGGAAUGGGUUGUCUGCUCUGCAGAUUGCAUCUGUGUCAGACGAUCAGAUGUUCAUUGCCUCUGGAGCGUGCCAAAGUUCCAUCGAGUCCACCUGGAAACAAGGCAUCUUGAGCAGCUGGGAAAAGGUAUUCAUGGCGAUGAUCUGCCCCAUACUUAUAGUGUGUAAAAUGGAGUUCGUGAAUGUUGGACAGAAACCACUCACCUGGUAUCAGCGUCUUGCAACCUUCUACUCCUCCCCGAUAUCAAAGUUCUAUCACGGAAUGUUAAUGUACUUGGUUUUCCUGGGCAUUUUCUCGUACCUGGUGCUGUUGGAUUUCGACCCUGACAGAGUAACGGUCCUCGAGUACGUGUGCAUUGUCUGGGUGUUCACUAUGACUGUGGACCAGAUACAUGUGGUAUGCUCUGACUGGUAUGGGUUCGUGGGCUGCAUGGAGGCUGUCAACCUGCUGUUGUGUAUCCUGGGGUUCGUGCUCCAUCACCUCGGUUACCCAUCAGUCACCAAGGUAUUGUACUGCCUCAACUCUGUGGUGUUCAUUGCGAAAAUCAACAAGUUCUACAGGACCAGCAGCAACGUGGGUCCCAAGAUGGUCAUGGUUCGCAGGAUGGUGAGUCAGGCCAGAAAAACAUAUGCCUCAUUUUGGUAA